AUGAGUGCGGUUAUUUCAACCCGAGGAGUGGUUCCUGCUCGUAUUUUGUUGAGGAGGUUGUGGAAACGCUCUCAAUCAACCUCAAGCACUGGCACACCAACGACGAACUCUCACGAAACUGAGCCAGUUGAACCUCCGAAAGCUGUGGAAAAUGCUGGAGAUGCUCAGAAGCCUAUAAUGGAUGAAGUUUUCUCGCUUCGCCAGAAACAGUUCAAUGAUACAAUUGUUGAACAGUUGAAAAUAUUAUCACAGACAAAUUUGGAUGAAGUUGGUGAAUUGGGUGUUGACCUUAAUGAGCCUUUGACGCCGAAGGAAAGGCAAUUAGAUGAGGAAUUGACUGACUUUUUGAGAAAGUAUUCUCAGUCCAACAAGCUCAUAAACACCGACGAAAAUGUACAGGAUAACCCUCAAAGGUCGAUUGGCAUUACGGCCGCACAGAAUAAGAAGUACCCAUACCUCAUCCCGUCAGCGAGAGAUAAGCCAUAUACAUCCCAGGAACUAUUUCUACGCCAAAUGAGACAUGCAUCUCAUACUGCUAAGCUUGGCGCCUAUAUCGAAAAGGUUUACUUUCCUCAUAAGGAUAUAGAAGAUCCACCUGCCGCAGAGAAAAUGUCUAUAAAUAAGCUGCUUGCCGCCGGAGUUCACUUGGGACAGUCUACGUCGUUGUGGAGGCCUUCGACGCAGCCCUUCAUUUACGGUGAGUAUCGUGGAGUUCACAUCAUCGACCUGAACAAGACACUGGCGUAUCUAAGGAGGGCUUCCAAAGUAGUUGAGGGAAUAGCCGAAAGAGGAGGUAUCGUGCUGUUCUUAGGGACAAGGGAAGGACAAAAAAGAGGUCUUGAAGAGGCGGCGAAGAGGUCGCAUGGAUUCUACAUAUCAACCAGAUGGAUCCCGGGGACUUUGACAAACUCGACGGAAAUUUCAGGUGUUUGGGAAAGACACGAAGUAGACUUUGCUGACGAACCUACUGGUAGGGUUUUAACGCCUGAUGAGAGCCUGGCGAUAGUGAAGCCUGACUUGUUAGUUGUUUUGAACCCCACAGAAAACAGGAACGCUCUAAAUGAGGCCAUGCAAGUUAGAGUACCAACCAUUGGUAUUAUAGACACAGAUUCGGAACCAUCUCUUGUGACGUAUCCCAUUCCAGGAAAUGACGAUUCCUUGCGUUCAGUUAAUUUGCUACUUGGGGUCCUGGCCAGGGCAGGCGAAAGAGGUGUACAAAACAGAUUACAGAAGGUUGCCCAGGCAAACCAGGCAUAA